AUGUCCAAACAGUCGUUCGAUGACUUCUUGAGGCUGCAGAAACAAGCCCAGCAGCAGAAUACCGCUUACGGGUAUAGAUAUAGCAAUCAAAAUAAUGGUUAUAAUAAUCAAAACUUUCAGUUUCAGCAAGAUCCAUCUUUCAAUGGUCACCAAUAUCAGCAAGGAUACAAUCAAUUUUUGCCGGAAAGUGUCCCCACAAGUGGCACCGCCACUCCAAAAUCUCCUGGUCCAAACUCUUCCACUGCAUCUUUGUCAUCGUUAAACACCGCCUUAGAUAGGCUCAAUAUCAGCAAUACGCCAAUCAGCGAACAGCUUCAAAAUUUGGAAAAAAUCUCCAAGGUUGCCGAAGCCAAGACCUCUAUCGAUGAGAUCGUUUCUCAGCUUGAAAAAGAAGGGAUUGAAAAGGUCAAUGAAUGGAAAUUGAGCGAGGUGUUGAAGUCAUUUGCUAAGCCCAAAAAUUCUCCAGCAGUUAGAGAAGCCGCCUUGAUACUUGUUCAACAAAUGGCUAUCCGCUUCGGGGGCAAGACUCCACAAGAAGCAUACUUGGUUCAAUUCUUCAAGACUUGUUUUGAUUCUUUUGCUGACAAAGAUAAAGGAUGUACCAGAGCUGCUAAGCAGGCUGCUGAUGCAUUAUACGGCGAUUUUCCUGUACAAGCUUUAGGUACGGUAGUACUUGAUGAACUUCUUAACUACUUGUCGUCGUCUGCCAAAUGGAACUCAAAGUUGGGUGCUCUUGGCUACUUUGAAAAACUCAUUGAUGACGUCCCCGCUGAUAUUCUUGAAAUGACCUUUAUUAGAUCGGUUCCAAUUCUCACCGAUCUUUCCACUGAUUUUAAGCCUGAACUUUCCAAGCGUGGUUUGGUGGUUCUCAAAAAGUUUGUCAAGGUAUUGGACAACUUGGAUUUGCAGAACAAGUACGAUUUGAUUGUCGAUACUUUGGCUAACCCUAGUAAGGUUCCAGAAUGUAUCAAGAACCUUUCUUCUGUGACUUUUGUUGCUGAAGUUACCGAACCUGCAUUGUCCCUUUUAGUUCCAAUUUUAGACAAAUCUUUGAAAAUGUCGUCGUCUUCUAACGAUCAAUUACGUCAAACCGUCACUGUCACUGAAAACUUGACCAGAUUGGUCAACAAUAAGCGUGAAAUCGACCUGUUUAUUCCUAUUUUGUUACCAGGUGUGAAGAAGGUGGUGGACAAUGCUUCUUUGCCAGAAGUCAGAGAGCUUGGAGCAAAGGCACUCCAUGUUCUCAAGGAGGCAGAAAACGAGCAUUCUGAUGGUAAAUUCCAUGGAAGAAUCAAUACUGAACAGGCUAAAGAAGUUCUCAUUACUGUUCCAGAAGAAUUGAGAAAUGUGGCUGAAUCGUUGAAUAUCGGUGAUAAUCUUGUUGGUGAGUACCUUGCUAGAAUUGUUGAGGCUGAUGCGAACGUCAACGACUGGAAACGUCUCAAGGAAUACUUGUUGAUGGUUUCUGAAUCAGAUAAAAAGACCGAAUACGCCGAUGCAAUUGUUAGUCAUUUGCGUGAAAUGUUCACUCCAGAAUUGGGUCCUGAGUACGACGACGAAGAGGGUGCAGUUGAAAUUGUCAAUGCCGAUUUCUCUUUGGCUUAUGGUUCUCGUAUGUUGUUGAACAAGACCAAUCUCCGGUUAUUGAAGGGCCAUAGGUAUGGUCUUUGUGGUCGUAAUGGUGCUGGUAAGUCUACUUUGAUGAGAGCUAUUGCAAAGGGGCAGCUUGAAGGGUUCCCAUCUCCUCAAGAAGUGCGUACUUGUUUCGUGGAACACAAGUUGCAAGGUGAAGAAGGAGACAUGGACUUGGUUAGUUUCAUUGCUUCUGACCCUGAAUUGUCCCAUGUUGCUCGUGAAGAUAUUUCCAAGGCACUUCUUGCCGUCGAAUUUCCAGAAGAAAGACUCCAGCAGAAUGUGGGUUCGUUGUCUGGAGGUUGGAAAAUGAAGUUGGAGUUGGGAAGAGCCAUGUUGAUGAAAGCUGACGUCUUGUUGUUGGACGAACCUACCAAUCACUUGGAUGUCAAGAACGUCAAAUGGCUUCAAGACUAUCUUGUGGAGAAUACCAACAUCACAUCUUUGAUUGUUUCGCAUGAUUCUGGAUUCUUGGAUGCUGUUUGUACCGACAUCAUCCAUUACGAGAACAAGAAAUUGGCAUACUACAAGGGAAAUCUUUCUGAGUUUGUCAAGGUGAAGCCUGAAGGAAAGUCUUACUAUACCUUAACAGAUAGCGUUGUGAAGAUGGCUUUCCCUCCUCCAGGAAUCUUAACUGGUGUCAAGUCCAAUACUCGUGCUGUUGCUCGUAUGUCCAAUGUUACUUUCCAGUAUCCAAAUGCUCCCAAGCCUUCUUUGGUCAAUGUUUCGUGCUCACUUUCGUUGUCGUCCAGAGUUGCCAUUCUUGGACCCAAUGGUGCUGGUAAGUCCACUCUUAUCAAAUUGUUGACUGGAGAGACCGUUCCUAAUGAGGGAAGUGUCGAAAAGCAUCCUAACCUUAGAGUUGGGUACAUUGCUCAGCACGCCUUGCAACAUGUUGAACAGCAUAAGGAAAAGACUGCUAACCAGUAUUUGCAGUGGAGAUAUAAAUUCGGAGACGAUCGUGAGGUUUUGUUGAAAGAGUCUCGUAAGAUUUCCGAAGAAGAGAAGGAACAAAUGGCCAAGGAAAUUGAUGUCGGUGACGGAAGAGGAAAGAGAGCCAUUGAAGCUGUUGUUGGUAGACAAAAGUUGAAGAAGUCAUUCCAGUAUGAGGUCAAAUGGAAGCACUGGCUUCCCAAAUACAACUCGUGGGUUCCAAGAGAAGUGUUGCUUGAACAUGGAUUUGACAAAUUGGUUCAAAAGUUCGACGAUCACGAAGCUUCCAGAGAAGGUUUAGGUUACCGUGAGUUGACUCCCAGUGUUAUUCGCAAACAUUUUGAGGAUGUUGGUUUGGACGGUGAUAUUGCCGACCACACGCCUAUGGGAUCACUUUCAGGUGGUCAAUUGGUGAAAGUGGUUAUCGCUGGUGCCAUGUGGAACAACCCUCAUUUGCUUGUUCUUGACGAGCCCACCAAUUAUUUGGACAGAGACUCGUUGGGAGGCUUGGCAGUCGCCAUUAGAGACUGGGCAGGAGGUGUGGUGAUGAUUUCCCACAACAACGAAUUUGUUGGAGCACUUUGUCCAGAACAAUGGCACAUUGAGAAUGGUGAGAUGAUAAGAAAAGGACAUGCUGCUGUAGAAACCAGCCGUUUUGACGAAGAUACCAGCAAAGAGAGCUCUCCAGCACCAUCCUCGCCUGCUCCAAAGAGAGCCGACGACGACGACUCGCCUGCUAAUAUCAAAGUAAGAACGAGAAAGAAGAAGAUGACGAGAAAUGAAAAGAAGCUUCAAGCGGAAAGAAGACGGUUGCGCCAUAUCGAGUGGUUGAGCAGUCCAAAGGGUACACCAAAGCCCUUGGACACCGACGAUGAAGAGGAGUAG